UGAGGACUCUCAAGGCAACAACCCUUGUGCUGCUACUUGGUCUCUUCUCUUUCGGUGCUUACCGUGUGGGACAACUCGGCACUUUAACCUGGAGCACUGCAAAAGAGUUAGGAGAGCUGAGCAAAACCCUGUCCCUGCCCGUCCAGCUCCGAAACCUCCAGGAACAGCUUUAUAAUCUGCGCUGGAGCGCAAAGGAUGUCACUGAGCGGGCUCUGCAGGAAGGGCUGAAGCAGGCAAAGCUCCCAGGCGUUACCGGACGGGUAAGGGCACAAGGCAGAAGGAUCUGCUCGGGGGUUUUAUCCUCCCUCCGGCACGUAUCCUACUCCAUUCCCUGUCACAGCCAACAGGCUGGUGCUGCUGGAACAAGUGCUGCCAUGGCCACGCUUCCUUUUCCUGUUGCUCCACGCUUGCUUAUGGGGAACAGAGAGCGUGACGGGAAUGCCAGCUGUCUGAGUCGGACCUUCCUCUGCGCCCAGAUCUCGGGUCCUCCUCAAGGGAGGGCUGGAAAGAAAGAAUGGUCUCGGAGGUCCAGAGUUAAGCCAGGCCUAUCUCAUGCCCAGAAGGCUUGUCUGUCUGUGCUGCCUGGCCUGGGGCCUCUGCACAGGAACAGCCCCGUCCCACAGCUCCAGCAUUCAGAGCACUGGAGUGAGCAGCUCCCCCUUUCUGAUCCCGACAAUCAGAGCAGAGCAAACCUGGGAGGCUUCCAGGCAAUGUGGGCGUUCCCUCCAUCUGAAACGGGCCUUGUACCCGCUCACCUUGGCUGUCCUUGCAGGGGAGCUGCUUGCCCCGGUCCUUCUCCUUCCAACAGGCGCUCUCCUUUGUGUUCCCAGGCUGUUCACGAGAUCAUCAAUCAAGCUUUGGAGAAGCUGGAAGAAAUGCAGGUCCCGAUGCCGGAUUACGCCCUGAAAUCAGCAGGGGCAGCCAUCAUUCUUUCCAAGACUUCUCCAUCCCUCCGGACUGCCAAAGCCAAGGUGUUCUUGUACUCCCUGCCGGUGAUGGAUUACAUGAGGUCUCCUGAGCUGAUUCUGGAGGUAGGAGCACCAAGAAGCAGUAACACAAAGGCUGGGAGAAUGAACCACACACGCUGCUCUGAGUGUCCUUCUCACCUGUCUUCGCUCCUUGAAGCUUCUUCUCCUGCCCCUGUCCCGCAUGGACCUGCUCUCCUCCUGUGUCUCCCUGCUGAGUGUUUCUUGUCCUUUCAGCCGGACAAUCAUCCUGGCAACUGCUGGCCCUUCCCAGGGAGUCAGGGACACGUCUUCAUCAAGCUGUCCAUGCCAGUCGUUCCCAGAGCCGUCACCAUGGCCCAUGUCUCAGGGACAGCGUUCCACGGAGAAAGCAUCUCCGGAGCUCCCAAGGACUUUGCUGUCUAUGUAAGUGAUUUCUCUAGAGUUGGGGGCUCAGGGUUCUGGAGCAUUUCUGAGCAGGGGGUGAAGAUGGGUCAAAGAUUCUGGUGGCCUGAAGCUUCCUCCUGUCUCUCAGAACAAACAGGCUCCUUGGAGUUGCUUCCUUCCCAUUGUAUUCCUCUUUUAUUCAAUGUACCACUCAAAAAAAAAAAUCUCUUGGGGCAAGAUGCUACUCCAGGAGCCACAGGGAAAAGGAGCUGGACAGUACGUGGUCCUAAACCUUCUUGUCUUCCAGUCCCAGUGGCAUUUGUGAUCCUCAGGUCACCUCCCUCUCACUGGGAGCAUCUGCUCCUUUUCUGA